UAUUAAUCGCUUUGGCAAAAUAUAGCAAACAAAAUAACUUUAAAAAAAUAAUAUUUAAUUGAAUAAAUGUGAAUCAAAGGAAAACUAAAUAAAAUAUAUUGAAUGAAGAUUAAGAAAAUUAUAUACAUCUAUACUGUACACGUUUAUUUUCAAUUAAAGUGAAAGUUUAACACAUAUUCUGAGAAAGUUAUACAUUAAAUCGGAAAAAAUGCUAAAUCAAAUUAUUCCUGCUGCGACAGAAGCUAACAGUUCUGGACUUUUCUUAAAGAAUUAUUUAGACUACAUUGAAGAAUUCCCAGAUGAUAUUGUGAAAAUAAUUUCAAUUUGUCGUGAGUUAGACGUGAAAACAAACAAUAUUAUGAAUGAAUCUGAGGAAUUAUCCGAAAAAAUCACCAACUCCACCGGUGACAAGAAAACAAAGCUCUACGCUCGUCUCCAGCAAAUUCUCAUCAAACUGCAAGAUCUAAAAGAUGAAAAAAUCUCUUACGGUCAAAUUUUGUCAGAUAUGAUUGAAACUAAAUUCCGUGCAGUCGACAGAGACUUCCAAAACAACAUCAACAAACAAGAUCGUAUUCAAAGCCCAAUUCCGUCUUCUUCAUCAACUGCAAGAAAUGCUUCAAUCGUCCAACAAGUCUUCUCUGCUUUGCCAUUGAAAAAUUCAUCAGCUCCUGGUUCUAAUAUGAGUUCGAGUACUAACAAUAGUGCUUCUGAAAAUAACAACGGGAGUGGUCAAGACAAAGGUGCAAAGAGAGCAAGACGAACAAGAACUGAUACAGCCAUUGAUUCAGAGCGAAUUGAUAUUCCGAUAAAAAGUGAAGUAAUAGCGUUCAUGCCAACUCCAACAUCACAGACUGCAUCGAAUGCUAUUAAAAAAUCUUCUUCUGGAAAUGCAACUGGUGGUAAAAAGAAAAAAGCACAACGUAAAACAAGUGCCCGUCAGUCUGGUGGACAAAAUGCUCAAGUUAUACAAGAACCUGUUGCGGGAGCACUUCAAGAUGACACAAUUGAUCCUGAUGAGGAAACUUAUUGUUUAUGUGGCCAGAUCUCAUAUGGAGAAAUGAUUUUAUGUGAAAAUGAUUUGUGCAAAAUCGAGUGGUUUCACUUCAGCUGCGUGUCGUUGCAAUCAAAGCCUAAAGGUCGUUGGUAUUGUCCUAAUUGUCGUGGUGAUCGUCCUAAUGUCAUGAAUAAGAACUUGAGAAAAAAGUAUCAAGAUUCACCAAACACUGAUCGAAAGUUCAUUUAAUUAUUUUAUAAGUUUGAUUUGAGGUAAUUUUAGGUACAACUUAUGUUUGUAGCUGUGGAUUUUAAAAAUCUUUUUAACAAUUUCAACGUCUAACAAUUUUUUUAUUUUGUAACGAUUUCUAAUAAAUUUAUUGAGUUUCUUCAUAAUGAACUUGAAGAUGUUCUCUUAAUUGAAUUAAUCGUGGGAAAGCUUCCGGACAUUUUUCACAUCGAUAAACAGCAUUUCCAAUAUGAGACUUUUGAAGAUGUUUAACUAAAUCGCCUUUUGAUGUAUAAGAACGGUCGCAAUAAUUACAUUGAUGAGGUUUAAUUCCUGAAUGUGUCAGAAGAUGUUGUGCUAAACGGUGUCGAUCGACAAAUCUAAUCGAACAUUGAUCACAUUUAAAAUUCUUAGGUAAAGUUCCAUCAUGUCGUCGAAUAUGAACAACCAAUCCAUCUUUAUGUUUGAAACGUGCAGGGCAAAUUUGACACAUGAAAGGUCGUUCAGUGCUGUGCGUUGCUUCGUGAAUAUUCAGUUUCGAUUUGUGAGUAAACUUUUUUGGACAAAAUUUGCAUUUAUGUUUUCUUUGGUCUUCUGUGCUAUGAACAUAUCUGAUGUGAUUGUCAAGCGCCCAUUCUGAACUUAAUGACUUUGCACAAAUUGGACACAUGAAAAGAGUUUGAUUGCAAUGUUUAAUUUUGUCGUGAAUCUCUAGAAAUUUAUUAUUUCUGAAUUUUCCUGGGCAUUUCGGACAAAUCACUUUGUCAUUAAACUUUCUUCGAUGUGAUUUGAUGUGCUCAAUCAUUUUGCUAUCAAAUGGAAAGAUUUUACGGCAUUUUGUACAUUCGUGAGUCUUUGGCUUCAUAUGAUAUUGAAGAUGCUUCAAGAAUUUAUCGAAUGACCUAAUUGGUGUGGGACAAUGUGAACAUUUAACAUUUCCAAAUUCUUUUCGAUGAAUAUUAGCGUGUUGAAGAAGUGAAAUUUCGGUGGCAAAUGUUUCAUCACAAGCACAACAUUUCAUUUCUUGUUUCACUUCUUCGCUAUUCAAUUGACGAUAAAGUUUCAAAUGGAUCAGCCAUUCGUGAUUACGUAGUUGAAAUUUGGUACUGAAUGUUUCGUCACACUUUGAACAUUUGUUAAGACUUUCAUUCGAUUCUGAAAUUUGUUUUGACUGCAAAGAAUUUUCGAGAUUGCGUUUCAGAUGAUCGUCAGUCAUGUGGUUUUCCAUUCCAAUUUUAUUGUCUCCACUUGCACCACAAAUAUCACAGAAUAAAAUACGAGGCUCAUGAUCGUGAAAACUUUCAUGUUUCCCACAUUCAAUUAUUGUUACGAAUCUUUCGACACAAAACCGACAAGCAAAUGGAAGUUCAUCUGGAUCAUGUUUUCUUUUCAUAUGUCUGAUGAGAUUUUUUCGUGGCUUCAACUGUUUGUUACAAAAGUUACAGAUGUAAGGAAUUUCAUCGUAUUUCAGAUGCUCAAAUCCUGGUACAACUCGUGGAUGAAAUUUUGAAAAUGAUUUUUUAUUCGGUUCACAAAUUGGUAAGUUUUCAACUUCUAUUCUUUUGUUUAUUUUAACAAGAGUUAAACUGUGGUCGUCAGUUUUAUGAUUUUGCAUUCCUUCCAUGUUAUCGCCACUUAUUCCACAAAUCUCACAAAAAAUAACAUUUAAAGGAAUUUUGUCAUCUUUUUCAUGUUUCUUUUUAUGUUCAUUCAACUGUUCGAUAUUCUCAAAUCUUUCAAUGCAAAGUUUACAUCCAAAUGGAAGAUUUUCAGGAUCAUGUUUUCUUCUUAUAUGUCGCAAGAUAUUUUUCUUAUGCUUCAAAGCUUUAUGACAGAAAUUGCACUUAUACCAGAUAUCUUCGUACUUCAAUGAAGGUAAUUGAUUUGAUAACGGAAGUGGAUGAAACUUUUCACUUCGACGUUUGACUAGAAAAUUUUCUGUAGAAUCAUUUUCACAGCAAUGAUCGUCUUGAAUAUGCUGAUCAAUUCCACUUUGAUAACUUCCACUUGCACCACAAAUGUUACAAAAUAUGAUUGAAGGAACAUCGUGAAGAUGAUUUCGUUGUUCGUGUAAUUUUUUCUUCUCUUCGUCGUCAAAUCGAAAUGGACAAUAAAUACAAGCAAAGGGUUUCAUUGUAGGAUCAUGUAACGACAACAUGUGACGACUUAUGUUUGACCUUCUCAUUAAUUUUGUGUUACAAAAGUUGCAAGCAUAAAUAGUUUUACUAUCAAGUUUUCCUUUUUGUCCUUGAAUUGGACGAGGUUUAAAUAAUAAUUUUUGUUGAUACGAUUUUCUUCUUGCUUUAGAGUCGUAAGAAUUUUCUUCAGAAUAUUCUGACAUUUCUUCAUUUAAAUCAUCUGAAGAACUUCUUACAUCCUCAAUUUU